GCGAUUCAGUUGUUUGCCGAGUGGCGAUACGAGAAUGAAUGCUUGGCAGAGUCUGACACGACGCCUGGCCGUUGCCACAGGCCCCAUUCGAUCACUGGGAAGCGCCUCGGCACAGGCACAGACCCAAACGAGUGCCGAGGAUGUGGAGGCACGUCCCUACAGCGAUGUGCCGCGUCCCGGCAAGCUGCAGUUCAUGCGGAGCUUCAUGCCCGGUGGAGAGUUCAGCGACGCCUCCAUUGUGGACUUCUCGGUGGCUAUGCGGCAGCGGUAUGGCGACAUCUUCGUCCUGCCCGGCAUGUUUGGCAGCAAGGAUCGUGUGGUGACGUUCAGCACCAGUGACAUUGCCACUGUGUUCCGGAAUGAGGGAGCCUGGCCACGUCGCGAAAGCUUCGAUUCGGUUACGUACUUCCGCCAGCACAUUCGUCCAGAUGUCUAUGGGAAUAGCCUCGGCCUGACGGUUUCGCAGUCGGAGGACUGGGGCAAGAUGCGCUCCGCCGUCAAUCCGAUCUUCAUGCAGCCCAAGGGCCUCCGGAUGUACUUCGAGCCGCUGUCCAACAUCAACAACGAGUUCAUCGAGCGCAUCAAGGAGAUACGCGAUCCGAGGACGCUGGAGGUGCCCGAAAACUUCAUAGAUGAGCUGCAGCGCCUGAUCUUCGAGUCUCUGGCUCUGGUGGCAUUCGAUCGACAGAUGGGAAUCAUCAGGAAGCACAGGGACAAUCCCGACGCUCUGGCACUCUUCCGCACCUCGAGGGACAUCUUCCGCUACGCCUUCAAGCUGGACAUGAGGCCAUCCAUAUGGAAGAUCGUCUCCACGCCCACCUACCGUAAGAUGAUGCGCACCCUCAGCGAGGGCCUGGACGUGGCCCAGCGCAUCCUCGCUGACUCGCAGCAAGCCCUGGAGCAGCGUCGCCAGGCCGGCGAGCAGGUGAAUAGCCACAGCAUUAUGCAGCGGCUGCUGGAGAUCAGCCCCAACGUGGCCCUCGUCAUGGGCAUGGAUAUGCUUUUCGCCGGAGUGGAUGCCACAUCCACACUGCUCUCCGCCGUGCUGCUCACCCUGGCCAAGCAUCCGGAUAAGCAGCAGAAGCUGCGCGAGGAGCUGACAAAAAUCAUGCCCACCAAAGACUCACUGCUCAACGAGGAGACGAUGAAGGACAUGCCCUACCUGCGGGCCGUGAUCAAGGAGACGUUGCGCUUCUAUCCCAACGGCCUGGGCACCCUGCGCAGCUGCCCCGAGAACGUGACUCUCUCGGGCUACGAGGUGCCAAGCGGUACCCCCGUCCUAGUCGCCGCCAACGCCCUGAUGAAGGACCCCGCCUACUAUGCACGGCCCGACGAGUUCAUGCCCGAGCGCUGGCUGCGCGAUCCGCAGUCCGGCAAGAAGUUGCAGGUCAGCCCCUUCACCUUCCUGCCCUUUGGCUUUGGGCCGCGCAUGUGCAUCGGCAAGCGGCUGGUGGAUCUCGAGGUGGAGACCAGCGUGGCCAAGCUCAUCCGCAACUUCCACGUGGAGUUCCUGCACGAUGCCAGCAAGCCCUACAAAACUCUCUUCGUGAUGGAGCCGGCCAUAGACUUUCGCUUCAAGUUUACAGAUCUUAAAGAUUAAAGAAUUGCAGAAGUGCAGUCUGUGGUGUGACUUCCCCCCCUGUUAGAUAAGAUUAGAGUACAUACUUUAAUUAAAUUAAGCCCUCCAAUUGAUAAGGUUCGAGUGGAGCUCCCACUCGAAA